UAUGAAAGAUUAAAUUAAAGGAUCGAUGUGACAUGUAGCAUGAGUGAUUUCUAUAUUUACGAAUUAUAUGUAAAUAAAAAUAAUCGAAUUUCACUUGGUUACCUAAAAUAGAUAGAUAAAUAUGAAGUAUCUAAUACUAGAAUGGAUUUGGUCAUCCUUAUUAGUUAUUAUUCUCUCCAUUAGUCUUAGUUUUAGUUUUUUUUUUUUGUUUUUUUUUUUUUUUUUUGGGAACCAUUAGUCUUAGUUUGUUUUCCCUAAAAUAGUAAAAUCAACUAAUAUUAUUCUGACAAUUACAUUUGUAACGUUUUUGUGAGCUAAAUCUCAUCAUAGUUACAUACUACCACGUGUUUGAUCAAAUUAGGGAAAUUUUAGUUACAUUUGUGUGAACUAAAUCACAACCUAGUCUUAGUCAUGCAUUAUCGUAAAACUUUCCGCAAAUAAACAUAUGGUUGAAAACCACUCAAUACAACUUUUUCAUGGCUUUAAAUAUCCCAUUAUAAUUCACUUCUUACCAAAAAACAUAAAUCAAAAAGUUUCUAAUUAGCUUAUUAUCGCAAUUAUAUAUAUAUUAUAUAUAAAAAAAGAAAAAAUUAGAAAACAAAAAAAGGAAGAGUUUCACCAUUCUUUAAAUCGAUCUUCGUAUAUCAAUUAUUAUUCAGUUUGAAUAAUUUUCGAUGGAGUUAUACAUCCUACAGAUUGUCACUAUUCUUUAUGUAGCAAUAACAGCCACCGAAGCAACCUUUAUAUUUCCAGGAGGACAGUUUGGAAAGAAAGGUGAUGCACAUUUCGGUGGUAACUUGAACUUUAAGAAGGAAGUUAAUAAAGAAGUUCGCGGUAAUGGAGGGUUCAACUUUGGUGGACGCAAGGAAGCUUAUGGAGCAGGUAAAAUAAAAGGACAAACAGAAGCAACAAGUAAAGGCGUAGCACAAUUGGGUGCUAAUUUGAACUUAGAUAAACAAGUGAGAGGCUCAGGAGGAUUAAACUUUGGUGGAUCUACCUCGACAACCGGUGAAAAUCAAGGAGCAAUUAAAGGUCAAACACAAAUGGGAACCAACUUUAACUUUGAUAAAAAAAGUAAAGGUUCUGUAGGCUUCAAUUUUGGAGGAAAUAAGGAUCUGUCAGGUGAAGGAAAAGCUCAAGGGGUAGGGAAAGGCCAAACACAAUUGGGUAACAACUAUAACUUUAAAAAGGAUGCUCAUGCAUCUGAAGGGUUCGAUUUUGGAGGGAGCAAAGAAAAAAAUUAUCCUGAUAGCCAGGCGACGGGGGCACCUCAAGGAGUAGAAAAAAACCAAGCACAUUUUGGUGGUAACUUGAAUUUUAAUAAAGAAGCCCACGGUUCAGGAGGGUUCAAUUUCGGUGGACACAAGGAAGUUUCUGGAGCAGAUAAAACAAAGGGACAAACAGAAGCAACAAGUAAAGGCGAAGCACAAUCGGGUGCUAAUUUGAGGUUAGAUAAACAAGUGAGAGGCUCGGGAGGAUUAAACUUUGGUGGAUCUACCUCGAAAACCGGUGAAAAUCAAGGAGCAAUUAAAGGUCAAACACAAAUGGGAACCAACUUUAACUUUGAUAAAAAAAGUAAAGGUUCUGUAGGCUUCAAUUUUGGAGGAAAUAAGGAUCUGUCAGGUGAAGGAAAAGCUCAAGGGGUAGGGAAAGGCCAAACACAAUUGGGUAGCAACUAUAACUUUAAAAAGGAUGCUCACGCAUCUGGAGGGUUCGAUUUUGGAGGGAGCAAAGAAAAAAAUUAUCCUGAUAACCAGGCGACGAGGGCACCUCAAGGAGAAGAAAAAAGCCAAGCACAUUUUGGUGGUAACUUGAAUUUUAAUAAAGAAGCUCACGGUUCAGGAGGGUUCAAUUUCGGUGGACAUAAGGAAGUUUCUGGAGCAGAUAAAACAAAGGGACAAACAGAAGCAACAAGUAAAGGCAAAGCACAAUCGGGUGCUAAUUUGAGCUUAGAUAAACAAGUGAGAGGCUCAGGAGGAUUAAACUUUGGUGGAUCUACCUCGAAAACCGGUGAAAAUCAAGGAGCAAUUAAAGGUCAAACACAAAUGGGAACCAACUUUAACUUUGAUAAAAAAAGUAAAGGUUCUGUAGGCUUCAAUUUUGGAGGAAAUAAGGAUCUGUCAGGUGAAGGAAAAGCUCAAGGGGUAGGGAAAGGCCAAACACAAUUGGGUAGCAACUAUAACUUUAAAAAGGAUGCUCACGCAUCUGGAGGGUUCGAGUUUGGAGGGAGCAAAGAAAAAAAUUAUCCUGAUAACCAGGCGACGAGGGCACCUCAAGGAGAAGAAAAAAGCCAAGCACAUUUUGGUAGUAACUUGAAUUUUAAUAAAGAAGCUCACGGUUCAGGAGGGUUCAAUUUCGGUGGACAUAAGGAAGUUUCUGGAGCAGAUAAAACAAAGGGACAAACAGAAGCAACAAGUAAAGGCAAAGCACAAUCGGGUGCUAAUUUGAGCUUAGAUAAACAAGUGAGAGGCUCAGGAAGAUUAAACUUUGGUGGAUCUACCUCGACAACCGGUGAAAAUCAAGGAGCAAUUAAAGAUCAAACACAAAUGGGAACCAACUUUAACUUUGAUAAAAAAAGUAAAGGUUCUGUAGGCUUCAAUUUUGGAGGAAAUAAGGAUCUGUCAGGUGAAGGAAAAGCUCAAGGGGUAGGGAAAGGCCAAACACAAUUGGGUAGCAACUAUAACUUUAAAAAGGAUGCUCACGCAUCUGGAGGGUUCGAUUUUGGAGGGAGCAAAGAAAAAAAUUAUCCUGAUAACCAGGCGACGGGGGCACCUCAAGGAGUAGAAAAAAGCCAAGCACAUUUUGGUGGUAACUUGAAAUUUAAUAAAGAAGCUCACGGUUCAGGAGGGUUCAACUUCGGUGGACACAAGGAAGUUUCUGGAGCAGAUAAAACAAAGGGACAAACAGAAGCAACAAGUAAAGGCGAAGCACAAUCGGGUGCUAAUUUGAACUUAGAUAAACAAGUAAGAGGCUCAGGAGGAUUAAACUUUGGUAGAUCUACCUCGACAACCGGUGAAAAUCAAGGAGCAAUUAAAGGUCAAACACAAAUGGGAACCAACUUUAACUUUGGUAAAAAAAGUAAAGGUUCUGUAGGAUUCAAUUUUGGAGGAAAUAAGGAUCUUUCAGGUGAAGGAAAAGCUCAAGGGGUAGGGAAAGGCCAAACACAAUUGGGUAGCAACUAUAACUUUAAAAAGGAUGCUCACGCAUCUGGAGGGUUCGAUUUUGGAGGGAGCAAAGAAAAAAAUUAUCCUGAUAACCAGGCGACGGGGGCACCUCAAGGAGUAGAAAUAAGCCAAGCACAUUUUGGUGGUAACUUGAAAUUUAAUAAAGAAGCUCACGGUUCAGGAGGGUUCAAUUUCGGUGGACACAAGGAAGUUUCUGGAGCAGAUAAAACAAAGGGACAAACAGAAGCAACAAGUAAAGGCGAAGCACAAUCGGGUGCUAAUUUGAACUUAGAUAAACAAGUAAGAGGCUCAGGAGGAUUAAACUUUGGUGGAUCUACCUCGACAACCGGUGAAAAUCAAGGAGCAAUUAAAGGUCAAACACAAAUGGGAACCAACUUUAACUUUGAUAAAAAAAGUAAAGGUUCUAUAGGCUUCAAUUUUGGAGGAAAUAAGGAUCUGUCAGGUGAAGGAAAAGCUCAAGGGGUAGGGAAAGGCCAAACACAAUUGGGUAACAACUAUAACUUUAAAAAGGAUGCUCACGCAUCUGGAGGGUUCGGUUUUGGAGGGAGCAAAGAAAAAAAUUAUCCUGAUAGCCAGGCGACGUGGGCACCUCAAGGAGUAGAAAAAAGCCAAGCACAUUUUGGUGGUAACUUGAAUUUUAAUAAAGAAGCUCACGGUUCAGGAGGGUUCAAUUUCGGUGGACAUAAGGAAGUUUUUGGAGCAGAUAAAACAAAGGGACAAACAGAAGCAACAAGUAAAGGCGAAGCACAAUCGGGUGCUAAUUUGAGGUUAGAUAAACAAGUGAGAGGCUCGGGAGGAUUAAAAUUUGGUGGAUCUACCUCGAAAACCGGUGAAAAUCAAGGAGCAAUUAAAGGUCAAACACAAAUGGGAACCAACUUUAACUUUGAUAAAAAAAGUAAAGGUUCUGUAGGCUUCAAUUUUGGAGGAAAUAAGGAUCUUUCAGGUGAAGGAAAAGCUCAAGGGGUAGGGAAAGGCCAAACACAAUUGGGUAACAACUAUAACUUUAAAAAGGAUGCUCACGCAUCUGGAGGGUUCGAUUUUGGAGGGAGCAAAGAACAAAAUUAUCCUGAUAGCCAGGCAACGGGGGCACCUCAAGGAGUAGAUAAAAGCCAAGCACAUUUUGGUGGUAACUUGAAAUUUAAUAAAGAAGCUCACGGUUCAGGAGGGUUCAAUUUCGGUGGACACAAGGAAGUUUCUGGAGCAGAUAAAACAAAAGGACAAAUUUAAGCCAAGCGGCAGGGGCAGCCUAAGGGACUUGCCAUGGCCAAACUUGCUAUAACGGACAAUUAACCCGAUCAAAGUUGAGAAAUAAGUUGGGAUUUUUGCAUCGAUUUUUUUAGUCUAAAUGUUGAGGAUUCAAGAAGUAUAAGCCAAGGGUUGAGCUAAGCAUUAGAUUAACUCCAAAAGGGGCAUGAAAGUCAUAAAGUUAUAACUCUUGAUAAUGUCAUUUUUAUGAGAUCGCGAGCUAGUUUAAUUAUUCAAUGAGGGUAGCUAGGUAAAUUGAAUGUGACCACUUUUAUAUAAGAGAUCUCAAGAAAUGAAAUUAUUAGUGUUUUUUUUUUGUCUUACACUAUCUUUUAAAUUGAAUGUUUAUUAAAUUUCAAUAGCGUAAGUUAAACGAUGUCAUUGUUCG